AUGGAGUUUUUCACCAAAACCAAGGCCGUAAGGCUCAAAAGCCACCUGAACAAGUACCUAGUCGCCGGAGACGACCAGAUUUCUACACGGCAAAGCAGCAACGGCGCCGCCAGAAAGGCGCGGUGGCUGGUGGAGCUUGUCGACGACAACCCCCGCGCCGUCCGCCUCAAGAGCUGCUACAACCGCUACCUAACGGCCUCGAGCGAGCCCUUCCUGCUGGGGAUGACUGGCCACAAGGUGCUCCAGACACAACCGGAAGAAGGCGGCGCGUGGGAUUCGGCGAUCGAGUGGGAGCCGAUUAGGGACGGGUUUCAGGUGCGGCUGAGGGGGUUUGGGGGGAAGUACCUGCGGGCCAACGGCGGGACGCCGCCGUGGAGGAAUUCGGUGACGCACGACAACCCGCACACCGGCGCCGCCACCAACGGCUGGAUUGUGUGGGACGUGGAGGCGGUGGAGGUGCCGGAGGACGAGGCGGCGGCUGAUUACUGGUCGAUGGUCUCGAGCUUCUCGUCGGUGUCCGAUGAGAUAUCGGGCCUGGAGUCCGAAUUCGGGUUCGGGUCUCCGAUUUCAUUCCGGUCCGGUUUCCCCGGCUCUCCGUCGCCGUCGCGGUCGCCACGGCGGAGUUGGUUGUCCAUGAAAAAGAGUCUUCAAUCCCCACAGAGCCCCUUGUCCCCAAUCUCCAGAACCCCAGCCAUGGACCUGUUCCGCAAAGCCAAAUCCGUCCGCCUGAAAAGCUCCCACGACAAAUACUUAAUCGCCGACGACGAUGAGGAGUCCGUCCGCCAGGACCGUAACGGAUCCUCCAAAUCCGCCCGGUGGGCCGUCGAAUUCGUGGACUACUCCGACUCUAUCAUCCGCCUCAAGAGCUGCUACGGCAAGUACCUGACGGCGUCGAACCAGCCGUUCCUGCUCGGCGUCACCGGCCGCAAGGUGCUCCAGACGCUGCCCCGACGGCUCGACAGCUCCGUCGAGUGGGAGCCGAUCCGGGAGAACGGCGCCGUGAAGAUGAAGACGAGGUACGGCCAGUUCCUGCGGGCGAACGGGGGUUUGCCGCCGUGGAGGAACUCGGUCACGCACGAUAUCCCACACAGGACGGCUACGCAGGACUGGGUCUGCUGGGAGGUUCAUGUGGUGGAGAUAGCUUCAACGACGGCGGCGCCGGCGCCGGCGCCGGCGGGCAAGGACGAUGUUUCCGCUUCUGAUUCGAGCUCCCCGACCACAAGUUAUUCGUCCAAAUCUGCUAGUUUCUCCAGACAAGAGUCGAAUGAUUCAUUUGUUAGUUCUCCCCCAAAGGGAAAUGAUGGCCGGUCGAUUUAUUUCCAUGUAGCUGAUGAAAAUGGUGAAAUUGACGAGGGUUUUGAGGAGCUUUGCAUCACAUUCAAGGGUAAUGAAGUGAACGAACUUACUAAGAGGCUCGAGAGCGAAUUAGGAAUUAGUGGCCUCACAGUGUGUACUCGUAGUCCAUUAAACGGCAAACUUUAUCCUCUUCGUUUGCAGCUUCCUCCCAAUAAUGCGACCAUGCACGUUGUUGUGAUCCCCCCAUCAUCAAAAGCGAGUCAAGAAUCUGAUGAAAUGGAGGCGCCAUCGUAG